AUGGAGGUGACCGGAAGCUUGCCGGGGCCUCUGAGUAAAAUGGAGGUGACCGGAAGCUUGACGGGGCCUCUGAGUAAAAUGGAGGUGACCGGAAGCUUUCCGGGGCCUCUGGCAGUAAAAUGGAGAAAAUAUACAGUUAUGUUUCCCCAUGCAAGAAGGGAUCCGGAAGAGCCCCAAGAGCCUGAAAGCUCACAUGCGGAGAAAGAGCACAUAGUAAUUUAUGACUCAGACGAUGAACCGGAUUUCUGUGUUUCAAUUCCGAGUGAUACUCAAGUGGAACAGAGUUCAUCAAGUGAUUCACCUGGAAGGAGAAGUCCCGUAGAACUGUUUGUAGAUAUGGGGGAAAAGGUAGAGGCUCUUUGUGGAAGAGUUUCAGUUGACAUUAACCGUGCUCUUACUGCUAAGAGACAAAGACUGGAAACAAAUACUAAGUCUUUGGAAGGAAUUGACCAGAAUAUGAAACAAGUUUGGAACUCACGUGAAGAUGCUGUGGCAAAGCUUAACGAAGAGUCUGCUCAGGCAUUUACAAAUCUGUUUCAGCAAUGGGAUUUGGAUUUUCAGAAAGUGCAGGAAAAAUAUGUAAAACUAAUGAAUGAUUUUCAACAGGAAGAAAAGGCUUUUCAACAGUGUAGACUCGUUCAGAGCAAGAGACUGAAAACAAUUAAACAAAUACAUGAGCAGUUCAUAAAGAAUUUGGAGGAUGUGGAGAAGAAGAACGACUGUCUGCUUAUGGAUAUACACAAUGAACUUAAAGAAGAAAUGAACAGGCUGCGAAGAAAAAUUAUGAAAGAAUCUCAUCAGCAAGAGAUGGUUAGCCUUCAACAGGCUUUUCAGUCCAUGAUGCAUCCUAAGGAACACGGUUCAGGUGCCAGCGAAUAA